AUGUGGCCAAACGACGUCUUGAACAAUCCUCGUUUUGUGCGUACAACUCCUGCGAGCUCGUCUUCUUUGAGCUUUACGCACGAGAAGAAGCUGGUUGCUCGAGCAAGCUUGCAGGAUAUAUCUGCAACCGCAACUUUGGCCAUCGGCUUCGGCCUUGCAUCCGUCUCCGGUUCUGUCCGACUUCUGCAGGAGGACCGCACCAACAAACAUACUGCAGAGGUGGUGGCUAACUACAAGGUGCUGACUGAAAGAACUUCGUUGAACAUCCAUGAUGCCACGAUUUGCGACGAGCGUCUUGAUCUGACUGCAUAUCCGGGCCUGGGUCAGGCAACGCAUGUGGUGACGGAGAUCAUAUGGGGGAACGAAUGUGGCGGGGUGUUCACAAAGACCACCCAGAGCGAGUCCACCAGAGAUAUUGAUGCUGCAAGUGUCCGCGUUAAAGUUAACUUGCUGCUUAAAACAGUUACAAAAACAAUCGCUGAUCACCACCAUGAAUCCGCUUCAUCGUCUUCAUCGGAAGACAUUUCUGUACAUACAUUUGGUGAUCUCCUUCCAGAUGGCGAGUCUCCAACCGAUGCUGCUUCGGCAGUGCGGUAUAUGCUCAACAUGCCCGACAAGGUGCGCCAAGGAGGUGCAGUUCCCAAGUUGCUGACGUUAACGCCCGUUGACGAGGUCUGCGCGCACGCCUCGCAGACGGGUCGCCGACUCUCACCGUCCAGGGAACUCUACAGUGUAGACUUGCCGGAACGCUUUGUAAGCUUGGCAUUGCAGAUGCUUCAGGAGUUGGAAGAUGCCGAAGCCUGUUGGAAGGAGUUACAAAGCUUUUCCCCCCAUGGCUUCUUGUCACUGGCAUCCACUGUUAACUGCCACCUCUGGAACAUUCAUGCUUACCGCAUAGAAUUUGGAAAAGUGCUUCAUGCUGCGAUCGCGCGGUACCGCGCAACUGGCGAAACCCUGGUCUUGGAUGAGGCACUUCAGAGCUUCCAUGAUGCUGGCUUCUCUGCCUCGGACACGGAUGGUGCGUGCGAAGCCUUGCAUGCAGACUUCCUUGCAGCCAGUAGCCUGGCGAGCUUCAUGGAAGCAGCGGCAUCGCUUCGCAUGGCAUCUCGUUUCUCAGACUUUUCCAAGAUCUUGUGGAGCCCAGACAAAGAUCUUGUCUACAUGCUUGUGUAUGUCGGUUCACCAGGAUCCGAGAACAAGGGCUCGCUUGACCUGUUGAAAGGCUUUGUUAACAUGGCUGCGGAAUUCCGGCACGACAAUGCCUCACCGCAUUGCAUCAGAAACGGGACGGGCCAACAGGAAUGCUUCAAGGACGUGGGAUUUACACUUGUGCAGUUCGACACCUUUUGCCAGCAGUUCUGCUCAGCGCAACAUUGCCAGCAGUGGUGCCAGCAUGAGAAUUGUACGCACCAGACUGUAUCGGGUCUUAGUUUUGAGAUGCCUGACGAGCUAUGGUGCCAGUCUCCGUACUCGGUCGUAAUGCGGGGUCACAAACAUCAGCGACCUGAACUAGUGGAUGAGCACCUCCUUGCUCUACCCAAACUGGAGGUGACACUAGAGGAAGGCCAGGACCUAAGGCAGGAAGCUGUUCUUGACGUGGAGAUGGACUGUGCGCCCCCAGACGUCUUGAACUACAUUCUUCGCGUGUCUCGAGAGGUUUCGAGGACUUUGGAUCCGUUCACUGGCCGUACUGUGCGGAAAUAUGCUCAGAUAGACUACGAGGUCCAAGCAGGCGACUUGCAGGUCGUUCUGAGCAUUGAUAGAGGCAGUUUGAACUCCUUCAGCGUUGCGGCGGUUGCAGCAGCAGGAACCAGCCCUUUCUCCAACGAGGUGUCAUUGACAGCGCAGUCCUGCUCCUCAGGUGCUGGAAGGUGCCUGCAGACAGAGACAGGCCUGACAAUUUUGCCUGUGCCCGUCGCGGGCGAGCGGUCCACACGCAGGGCAUUGCUGGAGCUUGGCCGUGAGCAGAGGGAUCGGGUGCCCAGCUGGCUGUGCUUCGCAAUAACUAUCGUCCUGUCUUCGCCUGCAUCCGAGAGGCUGGUUUCAGUCGAUUUCGUGGAUCCGAACAACACCAGGAAGAGUUUCACAUGUGUGGGCAAUGGGGACUCUUUCGACACGAUCCAUUGCUGGAUGCCAGCCGCGAGAACUUCAGCUGAUCUCCUUUGGCAGUAUCGCAUCAAGGGUGACUCCGGGGCAGCUGUGGCCGAGGAGGGCACGCUGAUCCAAGAGGCUCCAUCCAUCGAAGCUUGCCGUCGAUGGGAGCAGGCAUACUACUGCCACUCUUCUGAGCCGGUCUGCGUGCAAAACUGCCACCAGUGUUCCGCCAGAAAGCAUGCACCUGGCAGGGCCCCGAACUGUGAGGAGCCUGGGGCCUACUGGGCCGCCUUGGAAUUCCCAGAGACGACUGGUGGAGUGGCUGGAAGCCAAAAUGAGUCCGGCAAUGGCCAGGCAUGCUCUCUUCCGAAGUACUGGGAGCUGGGCCUGGAGCGGCGCUUGAGCGGAAGCGUCGCUGAGCCCACCAGGGACGAUAUCAAGGUGAAACUGAAGAUCCAGAGCCGAAGCAUGUGCCCCACACGAAGGGACGUGGUCCGAGGGCAGACAUGCUCCAAUUUUCGGCCAGCCGCUUUGACGACCAGCCUCCAGCAAUUGAAGGCUAAGUUGCACCACAAUCACUCAUUGCUGCUGAGCGGGGAGGUCCAUCUGGACUUGCUGGUGGCAUACGACUCUAUCCGCUGGAGCAUGCGGCCGUUUGUCGACAGUCUUGCGCACCUAACUGGCAGUUUGCCAGACGACAUUGCGGCAUCGCCACUGCCUAUGUGGGUUCGCGGCGGCAAUAGGGCAAGAGUGAUUUACGCAGUAGGGAUAGAUUGUGCUGACGGAUGUGUGGAGAUUUCACUACAACUGAAGAACAAUCUCACUCGGGACGUGGAAACUGGUGCCUUGUCGAACAACUUGAUGCAGCUAUUUCAGCGGCAAGAAUUCCCCAUGAAGAUUGCUGACUUGACUGCGCCUGUGUUGCGCUCCUUUCCAGAUGAGCUGACGCUGGAUGCUGAUUUCAGCUCCACAUUGACUUCGACACCAACAGCAACACCAACAACAACAACAACAAGAACAAGAACAAGAACAACAACAACAAAUACCUGGACACUGACCAGCGCAACUUCAAGCCGGACAACGCUUACCACAUCGUCGUCAACAAGCUCCGUCACAGAAACCGAGGAACCAACUACAGUGUCGUCGUCAACGACGGGGCAGUCUCACACCCUUACAUCCACAACAUGGUCUACUUCAACCUCAUCGACAUUAUCAACGGCAUCUGCAACAUCAACAACAUCAGCUACAUCAACAUCAUCGACACCGUCAACAUCAUCAACUUUCACAUCAUCUUCUUCAUCUCUUUCUUCAGAAACCAGUUUAUCAUCAACAUCUUCACCAAUGGUCUCAUCGACAUCUACAUCGUCAUCAUCAUCUCUGACAACCUCGUCGACGUAUUCAUUUUCUUCGUCAACAGCCACUGGUACAGCAGGAGUUACCACGACAAGCACAGCUCUGGGCGUCGGCGCUUUAACGUUUGACUCUGUGAUUACAGUUGUGGAUGUCUCCGCGUUCAACGAGACCAUGUACAUAAGCACGAUGGCACGUCUCGCCGGAGUUCCUGCUGAAAACAUCAUGGUGACCAGCGUGUCCUUCACAACGUUGGUAAGCUUAGCGCUUAGCGGCAAUGUCGACGACACCGUGGCUAAGCAAGCCAUUGCGGCUGUCGUAGGUGUGAAUGAGACACAGAUUACCUUGAUUGAAGGAGUACAGAGCAUCGGCAGCCGACGUCUGUCCACAAGCUUUGACUGCAGCAUUACUGUGGCAGAUGUCUCAUCUUCCGCCGUCGUGUCGGAGCUUGUGGGUGAUGCCACCAUCCUCAGUGAAGGGUUUGCAGACCAAGGGCUUCUGGUUUCGGUGACGCCCUCCGCUCCAAGGACACUCAUCUCUGUGAGCCAAGCAGUUCUUGGCCCCAGUGACUUCGCGGCGCCAAACAACGCAGCUUUGAAGGAUGGCCUGGAGGAGGUUCUAGACACAGAGCUCGAGGUCAGCAUCAUGAACGUGCAGUACUCGGCUCCAGCUACAGACGCGCCGGAGGAGUCUUCGACGUCAUCAAUGAACAUCACAGAUGUUCACACGUUUGACCAGGAGGAGCAGUCCUACGUCCUUCUUGCCGUCAUCGUUUGCGGAUCGGUUAUGCUCUCAUCAGUCCUGGGCUUGCUGCUCUGGUACAGACUGCAGACCCUGGCUAGAGCACCUGUGGACACCUCAACGAUGGUGGAUGUCAUAUACCAGCCUCGUGAUGAGCAAGACGCAGCAGCAGCCUGGGACGGGCUUCUUCCCGAUCCCGGCGGUGUUGGCCUUGCAGUUUCUGUGCGGGCAGAGACUGGCCAUCCGAUGGCCGAUGAGAACCUCCCAGGCGAACUGCUUGAGUGA